AUAAAACACACGAUAAAGUCCCCAGCAUAAAAUCCUCGACGGAAUUUACAUUUGGGGGCUUCACGUGCACAGGGAUGUAUUCAUUCUGGACUACCUCGCGAGCGCCCUCUAAGAAAAUAGAGAUCCAAAGAGUGGGCGUUCUCGGAGACGAUAGAAGUUCUCUGGUGUUUUUCGCGAGUGGCUUGCUGUAUACCGGAUACUGUAGCGACCCGUGUCGCUGCAGUGUUGCGCUUUCCUGUUUACGGGCGGGAAGAGCGAACGUAGCUGGGACUGUGGAGCUGCUGUGUUUAAAUCUGCAGCACAUUUGUUUUAAUUCUCCUCGAUGUUGACGGUUCGCACGUUUUAAUGAUACACGGGGGUUUGCGAAGUCGAGUGGAUACCUUUUAAGUUGUCAGCUUUUCAAAAGUAAGGAGAUUUUGUUUUUGGAGAGUGCGGGGCAGAUGGAGGAUCCUCCUGCAGAUUUUGGUGGUGGCGGCGAUGGUGCAGCUGCAGAGGGCCCCAUGGUGCAGGUGGCGGAUAUCUGCUGGCCAGCUGGGGCUCUCCCUGUCCGGCUUAUAGAGUGGAAAGUCAAAGCCGGCUCUCUUGUUAACGUGGACUCCGUGCUAGCACUGUGUGCACCCAUACCUCAGGAGAAGGGGACUGAUGGUGCCAGGCUGCCAGAGAAGAAGGUGAAAUCGGACCGUGCUGGAAUAGUGAAGGAGUUAUGCAGUCAACUUGGAGAAGUCAUAUCUCCUGGGGGCACCAUAGCCAGAAUAGAAGAAUGCAGCCAUCCCAUUGUCAUGAAGGGCUUAUGUGCCGAAUGUGGUCAAGAUCUAACUCAGCUCCAGAGCACAAAUGGGAACCAGCAAACUCCCAUCUCCACAGCAACAGUCUCCAUGGUGCAUAGUGUCCCUGAGCUGAUGGUGAGCUCUGAGCAAGCAGAACAGCUGGGCAGAGAGGACCAGCAGAGACUCCACCGCAACAAAAAGCUGGUCCUAAUGGUAGACCUGGACCAGACGCUGAUUCACACCACUGAACAGCACUGCCAACGGAUGUCCAACAAGGGCAUUUUCCACUUCCAGCUUGGCCGAGGAGAGCCUAUGCUCCACACACGACUUCGCCCACACUGCAAGGAGUUCUUGGAGAAAAUCGCCAAGCUCUAUGAGCUGCAUGUCUUCACAUUUGGGAGCCGCCUUUAUGCACACACCAUUGCUGGCUUCCUGGAUCCUGAAAAGAAGCUUUUCUCUCAUCGAAUCCUUUCUAGAGAUGAAUGCAUCGAUCCAUUCUCAAAGACUGGGAAUCUUAGAAACCUUUUUCCUUGUGGAGAUUCGAUGGUCUGUAUCAUCGAUGACCGAGAGGAUGUGUGGAAAUUCGCACCUAACCUCAUCACUGUGAAGAAAUACAUUUACUUCCAGGGCACGGGAGACAUCAAUGCUCCUCCGGGAUCACGGGAAGCUCAGAUGGCCAGGAAAGCAGGAGGCUCUUCGAGUCGACCAGCAGAGAGCACAGAACAAACAGGGACGCUUGGUGUCGAUGAGCAAAAUAAUGGCCUCAGGAAAAGGGCAAAGGACAAUAAUGUUUCCAGAAAGGAAGAGUCCAUAGCACCUCAGUCUUCUCAGGACAUGCCAUCAAAAGAACGGACACACCCGACAGCGGAUGAAGACGAAUCGGGACAAAAUAAAGGUUCAGAGACUGAAACAAAACCUGUGGAAGAAUCCAAGGACACCCAGAGAGAUGAGAUUACAAAUGUUAAGGAAGACGAUACAAAUGGGACGCGAGAGGACAAGGAAGGUGCAAACUCAUCGGCACCAAGACAUGAGUCCAAUAACCUAGACUUUGACCUUUCCAGUGACAGUGACAGUGACUCCAUUACAGAAAAGCCCCCCUCAUCAGAGAGUGACGGUGAAAGUAGGUCUGGCCAGACAAAGGAAUCCGGUCAGGAAGGAACCACGCAAGAACCUGCUUGUAAGGAUGGGGCAAAGGAAGAGGACAGUAAAGGCAGAGCUGAAGGUGAAAGCAGCUCUGACUCACCAGAGCCUUCAGUUCUUCUGCCUGACCCUGAGCUCGGAAAUGGCUGCUCAGAUAGGAGAGAGCCAGAAACAGAGUCCCAGAAUAGUGAACAGUCUGGUGUUACCAUGGGCGAGGAGCUGCUGGAUCAGAGUAUGGAAGAUGACGAGGAAGAGGAGGAAGAAGCUGAUAAUGACCAGGACGAUCAUCUCAUCUAUUUAGAGGAGGUGCUUGAAAGGAUCCAUGCAGAGUAUUACGCCCGCUAUGAGGCAUACUUGAGGAAGGAGGCCUCUGAAAUUCCGGACAUUCGGAAGAUCGUCCCAGAGCUGAAAAGCAAGACACUGGAGGGGACGAUGAUAGUAUUCAGUGGUCUGUACCCCACUAACUACCCCAUGGAAAGGACCCGUGAGUACUAUCAUGCCAAAGCGCUGGGGGCCAAGAUCAGCAAGAAUCUGAUUCUCAGUGCACAAAAUCCCAAUCGGACAACACAUCUCAUCGCAGCAAGAGCCGGCACCGAGAAGGUCCGUCAGGCACAAGGUUGCAAGCACCUCCACGUUGUCAACCCAGACUGGCUCUGGAGUUGUCUAGAACGGUGGGAGAGGGUGGAGGAGCAGCUCUACCCACUGAAGGAGGAUUACUCUAAGACAGCACGGAGCAACAGUCCAGCACUUCUCCCUGACAAUCAGGGCUCCCUGCAGAAACCUAUUUUCCACCCAGCACCCAUCCACCCGAGAACUCCACCUGCAUCUCCAGAGGUUCGCACAUAUGACUCCAUCACAGGGAAACUGAUUCGCAGGGGCCCUGCAGUGUCCCGUCCAUCAGCCUACCUCCACACGGCAGGAUCUUUGUUGCUCUCUGAUCCCAGAGAGCAGUCUGGUCUCAGGGGAACCUCACAGAGUCAGCAAGACGAGGGAGUAGAGUCCGGCCAAGAUGAUGAGCAGCCUGGACCAUCUCGGCGGAAACGACAGCCAAGCAUGUCAGAAACAAUGCCGCUAUACACUCUCUGCAAGGAGGACCUGGACAGCAUGGACAAAGAGGUGGAUGACAUCUUAGGCGAGGAGAGCGACAACGAGAGUGAGGGCCGAGGGAAGGAGAAGCCAGGUAACGAGGAGAUGGAGGAUGAAGAGGAGCAGCAGCAACGGCACCAGCAGGCAGGAGCUGGACAGACGGUGGGAAGGAGACUUGGUCCUCAGGCGCUGAGCAUCGAUGAGAGGCUUCAGACUCCAUCCAAUGUGGCCAGUCAGUGUCAAAGUGUGGCAAGGGGCCAGAAACGUAAGCACGAGGAAGAUAAGGAGGAAGAUAAUGUCGACAGCAACAACACAGAAGACAAGAAAGAAGAGGAGAAGUUUGUCGAUGAAUCUUCCAAAGACUCUAACGAGGAAGAAGGCAGUAACUCGGAGGAAGAUGAGAUGGCCGCCGCCUUGGAGGCAGAGCUAAAUGACUUUAUGUGAUGAUGAAAUUAAGGGGCUCAAAGACAAUAAAAAUAAAACCCCAGUCUCCCAUAAAAAUGGUACCUAAACAAUUAUUUUUCUGCUUGGGAUCUGUGUGUAAUUAGGAUGUAUGAGUGUUGUAAUAGGAAAUAAAGAAGACAAAAAAAGAUUAUCCUGUACAGAAAGGAUGUGUUGUACAAAAAUCAAGACAAAAAUAAAGACUUAGAUUUUUGUAGCAUUGAUGUGUAACCUUUUUGGCAAAAAUAACAAAAUGCAACAAAAAAAACCCUUUGAUGUUAACAUUUUAUUGUAACAUAAAAAAUCUGUAGGACACGUGAAAUUUGAUACAUUUUGUUUUUCUAUUUCAAUUUUUAUAUUGUUGAGAAAUGAGUGAAAUCAUAACAUGUAAAUUUUGCUGAUUGUACAUGCCAAAGAGUUUGAGAUAGUUUUACUAAGGCCUGCAGCUAAAUAUUUUACUCUUGACUUCCACUUUUAUUUUUAUUUUUGGCCUCUUUGACAGUUUCUUUGUGUUAUGAAUGCAACCAGCAGAUCUAGACAUAUGAAUGUGUUUCCACAGCUUGUUUCUUCCUCUUCGUUGUGUUUGUACAUUUGGUACAUUUGCAACAAUGAGAUCAACUAUUGAGUCUUUUGUGCUCUAUAACCAUGAAGUGAUCCCAACUUUGUUUUUAAUAUGGCUCACAUUUCCUUCAUCUGCUACCUUAAUUGUUGAUCCUUUUGUUAGAAUGGAUACCUUCCUUUUACUUAUCUCCCACUGGAGCCAAUCACCAAUUGACAAAAGAAACAAAAUCUGAAUUCCCUUAUCUAGUUUGGGUUUUUAAUCUGAUUUCAUUUGUAGCUCAGCAUUCUGUGAUUUGAUGGACUAGUCUGAUAUUUUGGGAAAUAUUUCUUGUCGAGAGGUGACCACCUGUAGCUGGCCCAAUGUGGGGGAUGGCUAAGUGGCAAAUAAUUUGAUAAUAAAAUAUUUGUUUUCUCCUUUUUAUGCAAAAAUGCAAAACCUUUGCCAGUUUUUGCUUUCCCAGUGUGAAGAUUUUACUCUUUCUUUCUCAUGUAUGAUGGUAAAUAUUUGGUCAACUGUAGUAAGGCAAAAGGAAAAAAAAAUACCUCAGUCUUUUGACAGCCAUUUUUCUGUGUUGAUAUUAUGUUGAAAAAACUGCUGAUCGAUUAGUCAUGAAAAUAAUUGUCAGGUUAUCAGUAAUGAAAAUAAAGGUCACUUAUU